UGAGAGAGAAACAGUUCCUGCUUGUUGGUUGGUUGGUUUAUUGUACAUCACUACCAUAUAAUCAGCAUGGCCGCGGUGGCGCUAACAAUUCUGUUGGUGAUAUUCCUUGGUUUACUGGUAAGAAUUGCUUACGACACUCUCUCAUGUUACUGGUUAACACCGAGACGCAUCAAGAAGAUCAUGGAGAAGCAAGGAGUGCGUGGCCCGAAACCCCGGUUUCUGAUCGGAAACAUCCUCGACAUGGCCUCCCUUGUCUCCAAGUCCACUUCUCAAGACAUGCAUACCAUCGAUCAUGACAUUGUUGGCCGCUUGUUGCCCCAUUAUCUUGCCUGGUCUAAAAUAUAUGGGAAACGAUUCAUAUAUUGGAAUGGAAUUGAGCCCCGGAUGUGUUUGACGGAGACUGAAUUGAUCAAGGAGCUUCUGUCCAAGUACAGCACCAUAUCUGGAAAAUCAUGGCUGCAACAACAAGGCUCUAAGCAUUUUAUUGGCCGGGGGUUACUAAUGGCUAACGGUGACGACUGGUAUCACCAGCGUCACAUCGUUGCACCCGCAUUCAUGGGAGAUAAACUCAAGAGCUAUGCGGGAUACAUGGUGGAAUGCACUAAGAAGAUGCUCCAUUCACUACAAACUGAGAUGGAUUCCGGGCAAGGUGAGUUCGAGAUAAGCGAGUACAUGACAAGACUCACCGCCGACAUAAUUUCCCGGACGGAGUUCGACAGCAGCUAUGAGAAGGGAAAACAGAUUUUCCGGCUACUCACCCUUUUGCAGAAACAAUGCGCCCAAGCAAGCAAGCACCUUUGCGUUCCCGGAAGCCGGUUUUUCCCAAGUAAAUAUAAUAGGGAAAUAAAAUCUCUAAAGAUGGAGGUGGAGAGGCUAUUGAUGGAAAUUAUACAGAGCCGGAAAGAUUGCGUGGAGAUUGGUCGGAACAACUCUUAUGGGAAUGAUUUGCUAGGGAUGUUGCUAAAUGAGAUGCAGAAAAAGAGAGGGAAUGGAUUUAGCUUUAAUUUGCAGCUAAUCAUGGAUGAAUGCAAGACAUUCUUCUUUGCAGGACAUGAAACCACUGCCCUCUUGCUCACUUGGACAGUCAUGUUAUUAGCCAGCAACCCAUCUUGGCAAGAAAAGGUUCGAGCUGAAGUGAAGCAAGUGUGCAAUGGUGAAACUCCCUCUGUUGAUCAUCUAUCCAAACUCGCCAUGUUAAAUAUGGUAAUAAAUGAAUCACUGAGGCUGUACCCACCAGCAACUGUUCUGCCUCGAAUGGCUUUCGAAGACAUCAAACUUGGUGACCUUCACAUUCCAAAGGGGCUAUCAGUAUGGAUUCCAGUCCUUGCCAUUCACCACAGUAAAGAAUUAUGGGGUAAAGAUGCAAAUGAGUUUGACCCUGAGAGGUUUGCUUCCAAGUCAUUCACACCAGGAAGGUUCAUUCCUUUUGCUGCCGGUCCUCGAAAUUGCAUUGGUCAAUCUUUUGCCAUUAUGGAAGCUAAGAUCAUAUUAGCGAUGUUAAUCUCACGGUUUAGCUUCACGAUUUCGCCAAGUUAUCGCCAUGCUCCCGUUAUUGUGCUCACCAUAAAGCCUAAGUAUGGGGUUCAAGUAUGCUUGAAACCUAUUGAUCCUGGAAAUUAAUUGUAUACACACAUUAAAUUUUUGAGUUAGUGAUGUGAGAGAGAGCAUGAGAGUUUGUUUAAGGAAGUAUGGAAGAAUGUGGUAAAUGUAAUUUUUGUUGUCUUACAGUUAUACAUAGCGAAGACAUGGGGGUUGAAAUUACACAUGCUUGUGCCAAAGAAAUCGAUCUCGAUCAAUAAGAAUGAA